AUGGCUAAAAGUACACCAGAACCAUCAGUGGAUCUCGCAGCAAUUACUCUUACAUCGAAGAUCCCCGAAUUUUGGGUUGACUCGCCUCGCGUUUGGUUCUACCGAAUAGAAGCCAUGCUGGCGCCUCAAAAAUUAUCGGACGACUCGCGCUUCGACAUUGUCGUGUCGAAACUAUCAAAAGAGGCCAUACAGCAGGUCACAGAUCUUUUAAUGGAUCCACCAGAAGGAAAGAAAUUCGACACACUGAAGGUACGACUUCUAACUAUUUAUGAAGAAUCGAAAAACCGUCAGCUACAAAAAUUAAUUAGUGAGAUGGACCUGGGGGACCAAAAACCUUCCCAGCUUUUACGUCGCAUGCGAGAAUUAGCCAAAGAGAAAAUUCCCGACGACACCUUAAAGAUGAUGUGGCAAGGUCAUCUACCGUCUCCGGUACGAGCAGUUCUAGCGGUCACAGAUUCGAAGGAUCUCGAUAGCUUGGCCGUCGUAGCAGAUAAUGUGUUUGAAACCACGCGCGCAUCCCAUAUGACCAUCCGUUGGGGUAUAGUAGCUGCGGGAAAGAUUAGCAAUGAUUUUGUAAACGCUUUCAACUCAUGUCCCGAUAUAGGGGAUCAAAAGAUAGUGGCUGUAGCUGCCCGAGAUCAAGAGAAGGCUGACGAGUUUGCUCAAACUCAUAAUAUCAUGUUCUCUGGUACUUAUGAGCAUAUGGCUCUUUGUACCGACGUUGAUGUGGUCUACAUUGGGGCAUUAAAUCCUUAUCAUUACGAGCUCACAAAAUUGUUUCUCGAGCAUGGCAAACAUGUUCUUUGCGAGAAGCCAUUUGGAAUGUCAAGUGACGAAGUCAAGAAACUUGUAGAUUUGGCUAAGAAGAAGAAUCUAUUUCUUAUGGAAGGAGUGUGGUCCCGCUUCUCUCCUGCAUACUAUGAAAUGGAGAAAACAAUUCAAAGUGGAUGUAUAGGAGAAGUGAAGUUUUUGGAAGCCAAUUUCGGUUUCUUCAGCAACAGUGAGAGAAUACACAAAAAACAAUAUGGUGGCAGUGCAGUUCUCGAUGUGGGAGUAUACGUGCUUCAGUUAGCACAAUUUAUAUUUAAAGCGUCUCCAGAAAAGUUGGCUGCUUUUGGUAACUUGAAUGAACACGGAGUGGAUUAUUCUGAGACUAUCGUUUUGGAGUACAAAUGUGGCAAACGAGCCGUACUUAACACCCAUACGCAGUUGGAACUAUGUAAUCAGGCUACGGUGUAUGGAACUAAGGGACGAAUCAAGUUGGAAGCCCCAUUUCACUUCCCUGACAGAAUGGUUAUAUUUACUGAGGCAGGGAAUGUGGUUAAAGAUUUUGAACUGCAUACAUCGAAACUGCCAUACAACUUUCAAAAUAGCGCAGGACUUGCAUUUGAGGCGAUAGAAGUCGGAAACUGUAUUAGGAAAGGUCUGAAAGAAUCACCUCGGAUGACCCACAAAGAAAGUAUCCAGUUGGCAGAACAAGAAGAUCAAAUUCGACAGCAACUGGGAGUGUUCUUUGAGUGA